AUUAGAGAUUUUUUGAUGCGCUUUGAGCAAGAGGUUAAGUACUGUGGGGAACUGUUACAACGUCAUUCUCAUCAUGAUGUUUGUUAUAAGUACGGUCAUAAAACUUGUCGCUUUCAGUUUCCGCACGAGUAUGUAGCGCAUUCGCACUACGAGAAGGAAACUCGUUCGGUUGUUGCAGCCUGUCGAGACAUUCUUGUUAAUUACUUCAAUGACUUUGUGUUAGUUUACUGCAGACACAACCAUGAUAUGAGAUGCAUUUUGUCUGGAAAAUCCUGCAAGGCUGCAAUGUUCUAUAUCACUGAUUAUAUCACCAAAAUGAGUGUGAAGACUUACGAAAUGCUUUCCUUAAUG